AUGAACGAUAAUUACAGAUGUGUGUCUGAAAAUAUUAGAAACCUAUCUCUAAAAUAUGGCACACAGAUCCCUAGACUUGUUGCUGUAACCAAAUAUCAACCCGUUGAACGCAUUUUGGCACUUUAUUCUCUAGGUCAAAUCCAUUUUGGAGAAAGCAAGGUUCAAGAUCUGGUUGAAAAGGCAUCAAGGUUGCCAAAGGAUAUAAGAUGGCACUUCAUAGGAAAGAUUCAGUCAAAUAAAUGCAAACAGCUGGCGAAGGUCGACAAUCUAUUCCAGGUGGAGUCAUUGGAUUCCGAAUACAUAGCAUCGGAGUUGAACAAGUGUUUGACUAAAAAAAUAAAUGUAUACAUUCAAAUCAAUACCUCGGGGGAGGAAAGUAAGAAUGGAAUAACAUUUGACGAUCAAACCACACUAUUUAACAUGGUAAAAUAUAUUAUUAAUGAUUGUAACAAUUUAAAAUUUUGUGGAUUAAUGACAAUAGGUCAUCCUGAUUUGGAUAAAUGCGAAAAAUGUUUCUCUAUACUGUCAAGAUUGAGAAGGGAGGUCGAAAAAAACUUCCCUGAAAUCGCACUGGAGUCUAGCAUGGGCAUGAGCAAUGAUUACCAUCUUGCAAUAAAAGAAAACACAAAUCAGAUUAGGUUGGGACGUUGUUUAUUCAACUCAUGCAGUUAA